AUGGGAGCUCGCAUUCGAAACUACCCAGGUCCGAUUCCGUUAACGGAAUCAAUUUUGGAGCCGAUUCUGGAACCGAUUCCUAUUCCGAUUCUACAGUCGAUUCCCAAGCCAAUUCCGAAGAAGAUUCCGGAACCGACUCCGAUUCUGGAACCAACUCCGAUUCUGGAAGUGAUUCCGAUUUUAAAACCGAUUCUAAUUCUGAUUCCGGAACUGACUCCGUUUCUGGAACCGACUCCUAUCCCGAUUCUGGUGUCGAUUAUGUUGUCGAUUCUCAAGCCAAUUCCAGAAAAAAUCCGAAUCAGCUCCGGAAUUCGAAUUGGACCGGAAACCGUUGCAAAGGUUUCUCAAUCGCCUAUUCUCAUGGAGAUACAGAAAUCGAAUUUGAUUUUGGAACCGAUUCUGAUAGUGGAGGCGACUCUGAUUCCGGAGCUGAUUCCGGAGCCGAUUUCUAUUCGGAUACACAAGCCGACUCCGAUUAUCGAGUCGAUUACGAUUCCUGAGCCGAUUCCGGAAACCUACUAUUCGGAAUCGAUUUCUCACAAAUACUGA